AUGUCUAAAAGCUGGGAAUGCGCGCUGGCCCUCCGCCGUACGGCCAGCUGUCGCAAGCGGGUAUCAUCACCUCUCGCGAGAUUUCAGUCUCGCGCCAUGUCGCGGGCAGCACCCCACGCGACGGAGAGCACCUAUGACCCUGCGCUCGUCCCCGGCCCGCUCAAGUCGCCCGAGCAGUUCGCACAGGAGGACGCGAUGCAGGCCAAGCACCUCGAGGAGCUCUUCCACCCCCUCCGGUUCUCUCCUGAUGUCGCGUCGCGAAUACUCACCCACGCGAGCCACCCCGACGCGAAGAGGAGGCACAACGGGCGGCUGAACUUCGUCGGCCGCCGCGUGCUCCAGGCGUACCUCCUCAUGUUCAUGGACUCGGCCCCGUCACGGCAGCCGAACCACAACUUCGCCGAGAUCAUGGAGAACGCCCUCAAUUCGUACGCGCUCGGCGAGCACGUCGCGCCGCACUGGGACGUCGGCAAGGUGCUGAAGUGGCGGCCGAUGAACGUCGGCAACCUCUCAAAACCGCUCGGCCCCGGCGCAGAGGUGCCGGCUCCGUUCGCGGACCUGCGGAACGUCAACGCGCGCGGCGUCGGGAUGUACAAGGUGUACGGGGCAACGGUGGAGGCGGUCAUGGGCGGGGUGUUCCACCAAUUCGGUGGAUCGGUGUCGCACAGGAUAUUCCACACCCGUCUGCUCCCCCACCUCUGCAUCAAGGGCAGGCUCGCGGGUCUGCACGGGGCGUACCACGAGCACGCCAUGGAGAUCUGCGAGCGCAUGGGAGGACCCAAAGGUCCAUUGCUCCGGUAG